CAUAAGUUUUCCUUCAAAAUGGGGUGUUGCUAAAACGCACAACGUAAACCGGAACGGAAAGCGGAACGUAAUGGAAUACGGAAAAUAUUAUAUAAUGUUAUUUACUCGAUAGAUGUGUUAAAUAAGUUAAAAACGAUAUAUUUUAUCUAUUUUUAAAAAUGGAGUCGUUUCACCAAGUAACAUGUGAGGGAAUUCGAUUUUGGCACAUGUCAGAGUCAGUGUUUGUGAGGAUGUGUCAGAUAGUUGGAACCUCACAACAGGUGGCCCUCAGGAGGGAGACAAUGGACAUCAAGGAGAUGGUGGACAGACGAGUGAUGCCUAAUGAUCAUGGGAUCAUUGAGAUGGUGAGUGGAAGUAGGAGAGAAGGGUUCAGACUGGAGGGAUCAGAUCUGGAUAUUAUGUACUGGCCAAAAAACCACCGUGUGAUCAUGGACAUGUCUCAGUCUGAGUAUUACAACACUGCCAAUACAACCUUGAUUCUCUCUGACAGUUCUGAGAGUCCACCAGGAUUCACUCUACUUCAGUUACUGACACCACGUGCAACCAGAGAUGUCUUCUCAGCAUGUGUCAGAUUGAAUGACAGAGUCUAUAUAUCUAGCUCUACAUACAGACAGUUAACUUGUUCUUCAGUAUUUCCUAAUUCUACUGUACAUGGACCCUGUGGUAGUGGUGUUAUAGGAGUAGCAGAAUAUGACACUGCCUACUGUUUUGUUUGUGACUUUUGGCCUCCGUCUGCCUCCUCAUGGAUAGCAAGAUGUCACUCAUGGCCUGAUCCUGAAGUUGUCAAUGACAUUGUCAGAAAUGGAUGUCACUUUGUAGCAAUAGGACACCCAUUAGGACCCCAUGAACAUGAAGAAUGGAGAAUUUCUUUCUCUCAGGCAGAAUAUAAACUAGUGUACUCAAUGAACCACUGCCAGUUUUUGAUUUAUGGAUUGUUAAAACUUUUUUUAAAACAAGUAAUGAGUCAACUAUCAGAAGAAUGCAAUAAACUGUUGUGUUCAUAUCACAUGAAAACAACAGUUUUCUGGGCGAUUCAACAAAACACACUACCUCACUGGUAUCCACAAAAUCUCUUGGCCGGUUUCUGGGUCUGCUUUAAACUCCUCCUCAAAUGGGUGUAUCAGGGGGUUUGUCCAAAUUUUUUCAUUCCACAAAACAACCUGUUUCUGACAAAGGUCCAUGCCUCAGCACAAAACAGAUUGUUCCUACAGUUACAUGGAUUGUACAAGAAAGGUCUGGCCUGUCUGUUACAGAGUUCCUCUAUCAGGUCCUACAUCAUUGAUGUCCUGUACAAUCCUAGACUUUCUAUUUGUACAAAUGAAAGUAUAAUGAUGUCUGAAUUUGAUUAUGAUGCAGAGCUUGUCUUGGAGUCCAAUGGAGCUAAUCCUCAUAAAGUAGACCUAUUUGACCUUACCAAAGCCAUACACACAAUAGAACAGUUGCUAGAGUCACCCCUGACACACUAUCAACUUGUUACAUUACAGAAUCUUACAACCUCAUUAUUUCGGAAUACUGCAUUUCAGUUUCACAAUACAUUUAUGUACACUAACACAGGUAUCAACAAACAGAUGUAUAUUGCAGACAAAACUUUCUGUCACAUGUUGAAAUUAGCAGCCAAGUUUGGGUGUAUUUCUGACAUGUUGUACAUUGCCAUGUAUUAUUACAAGACACUCAGAUACAGGGAAACUUUAUCUGUUCUAGAGAUGACAAAGGUCAAGUUAGCACAGCCAUAUCUGAUGUAUAGAGGACAUGUAGACAGAGAGAGGUAUACUGAGGCUGUAGGGGGACAGUCCUGGUCUACAAAGAUCAGACAGGCUGUAGCAUGGGAUAUCAUACUUCACAAUGAAAUCUGUUAUAUCAGUGAACUAAUACCAGAACAACAGUCUGCUCUACAGAAAAGAUGGCCUACAUUAAAUAUCUCAGUGUUUGUAAUGUUACACUUCCUAGAGUUCUUGUGUUACAGACACAUUGAUACAGCAUUAUCACAAGCAGCUCUAGAUGAGCUACAGGUCCUAGUCCACCAUGAUCAGGGACUGUAUGUACAUGAUAUACACAGAGACAUCUCCUGGGAGAUCCUGGGGAUCUGUCAACAGAUUACAGGGAACCUCCACGCUGCUCUAUACUCAUACCAACAGUCACUGAUCACACAGUAUCCAUUGAACAACAUACAAACUGCUACAAAGAAGAGAAUAUAUGAUAUAGUAGGAACAACCUAGCAGCAGCAAAUAAAUGAGUACAGACUAUCAGUUUCAGAUUGAAGCCAUUUACAAAAUUUAUAUAAACGUUCCGAUUUCUGUUAAACCACACAACGGAAAGUGACAUCCUCAGAGCAUUACAUUUUUGUUUUGAAUCACAAAGCUGUCAAAAGCUGAGGGUAGAUAUUUGUACAUGUAGAGAUUUUAGUGGACGUUGGUUAAUGUACAAUUAUUUUUAGUUUACACCCGUGUUAAAAAAUAUAUAUUUGAAAUACAUAUAUUUAACUUAACAUACAUAAACUAAUAUUGUAUCAUGUUGUUUAUCAAAGUUAGCCAUUGAACAAUUAAUUUUGAGAAUAGCAAAACGAGAGAGAGAGAGAGAGAGAGAGAGAGAGAGAGUAUAAAAGAAUUGUAUUUAGUGAAACAAUAAAGUGCCUUUUUGAUGGUUCAUGCGGGUUAAAAAAGGUGGCGACAUUGCGGAAAAAAUACACGUUACAACGCGGGUUAUGCAUUUUUUUCCUGCAUUAAUCGCUAUAUUCAUAACCGGCAUGAAUCAACAAAGAAAGCAUUUUAUUGCUUAAUAUAUUAACAUAUUUCUUUUAAAUAUUUGAUUGUAAAAAGUUAUUUAAUGCAGUCAAUGAUUUUUCUUAUGUCGCUGUUCAAUAAACGGGGCGUGAAGAUUUAAGUCUGGCUGUUUCUAUUUAAUAUGACAUAGGACCGACGACAUCCAAAAAUCAGCAUUACAUGCUUAUAUUUAUAUUUUCAUACUGAUGUCUAUUUGUAUGAAAUAUUGGGUAUUGUCGCUUUAAAGCCAUUAUUUGCGCUCUUAGUCAGGGAUAUGAAAUAUACAUGGAACAGUCAUAUCAACAUGUUAUUUACUUAGCUUCCGAGACAAAAAGUAUAGUGCCAGAAACUUUGUAGAGAAAAACAUUUUUUAUUAAGAAGUAGAUAUAUAUUAAUGAUUGUUUAUCAAAAGUACAUAUCAAAUUGGUUAUGUAAAAUUGAAAGUUUCAUUUUAUCUUACAAAAAUAAAUAUACCCAAAACAGGUGAAGACGUUUUUAUCUGUGCUCUUGGCGCAUGAAUUAGCAAAGUGUAUUCAUUGAAAAUUGAACAUCGCAGAUUUCCAAUGCGAAACAUAAGGGGAAAUAUACACUGAAUGUAAAAAUAUUUUUUUAAACUUCUCAGAAAUUGUCUAUUGAUUUUAAAUAUCUGUUCCAUUUAGUAACGAAUCGAUGUAUUCAGUGUAUAUAGUCAUUUUAUGAAGGUCUUCAAUAAGAUAUGAAUUUCUGUUAUUUAAUUCAAAACAGUAAAAAAAAAUUACACUGAUCUUAACGAAAUAUGCAAUUAUUUUCUAGAAACAGUUUUAUACAAUUCCUGUUGUCGAUUUUAAUUCAUCAUCAAAAAAUGACAGACAAUGACGUAGACAGGCCUACGAAACAUUACUAUUUGACAGAACAAUAGCGAAAGGCCAAGCUCUUGUUAAUAUGGCUCUAGGUUUUAGGUCUGUUAAACUGUUCCAAAAUAUGAGGGAUAGGUUU